CGGUAUGAGGCUUGGCGACAACCAAUGAUAUGAACGCUUAGAAUUCGAAUACAAAAUCCAUUUUUCGUCGUAGGUUAAUAACCGAUUAAGAAAUGCUUCAUUAGCGUUGCGUGAAAUGUUUGCUGAACAAAUGUUGAUGAAGAUGCAAACGAAUAGUUUCAGGACUCACUCUGAACAUUUCUGCAAGUUCUUGACACAUUGUCCUGGAAUUUGCGCCCACAACCUGUCGAAGAUCCUCGUUGUUCAUGAUUUUUGGUCUCUCUAAGCGCG